AUGCGUUUCUCCACGAGCGCCUUCGCCGUGGCUCUGCUGGCCGCCACUGCCCGGGACGUAGUGGCACUUCCGCAGGACCCCAACAGCAAUGGGGGUAGCAAUAACGGAAACGGAAACGCCAACCGUAUCGAUGGCGGUAAUGGCAAUGGGAAUGACAAUGGAGGCCGGAAUGGGAACGGGGGCGGAAACGGAAAGGGGAAUGGGAACCAGAACGCAAAUGGUAAUGGUAACGGCAAUGGCAACAACAACAACGCCAACGCCAACGCCAACGCCAACGCCAAUGGCAAUGGGAAUGGCAACGGAAAUGGGAAUGGCAACGGGAAUGGAAACGGGAACGGGGAUGGGAGCGCUAAUGCCAAUGGAAAUCGCAAUGGAAACGGCAACGGCAACGGCAACGGCAACGGCAACAACGCCGGCAAGGGGGCUGGAAAUGGGAAUGGCAACGCCGGCGCCACCGCCAUCGCCACGGCCAACGUCAACACCAACAAUGGUACCAACACUGGCGCCCAGAUCCAGACCGCCGGUGGUGCCGUGGCGGUCACACCCACUCCCAUCCCUCCCGAGGUCCUGGCAGCCCAGCAGGCGAGCGCCGCCUCAAUCGCUUCCGCCGCUGCUGCUGCCAACAGUGCCGCUGCAGCAUCUGGUCUGAGGCAGCCUCCCGGUCUGCAAGACACUGCCGCUCCGGCCUCCCUCCUCCCCUUGCCCGGCGUCGCGGGCGGAGGUGGCGCCGUCAUUGCCCCGCCUGCUGUGGUGGACACUUCGGCGGCCGCCGUGGUGACCAUAGCUCCGACCGAAGUAGCCUCGCAGCCGGCCGUGGUGGCUACGGAGAGUGCUCAGGGGGCGGUAGCGCAGCAGCCGAGCCUUGCUACUGGUGCAGCGGGGGGCCUCGCGCCGCUUCCAACUCCUCCGGCUCCCCCGGCUGCUGUUGAUACAGCUUCGGCCGUCCAAGUAAUCAACUCCUUUUCACCUAUUGCAGGCGCAGACACCUCCGCUGCUGCCGUUACUGACGCUGCUGUUGCCGUGGAAACUUCGGUAGCAGGAGCCGUUGCAACCAGUGCCGCUGCCCCGGGAGCUUUCACACCCAUCGCGGGCGCCUCCGACGCCGCAGCUGUAGUCGACACCGCCACUGCUACCGCAGCCGCAGCAGCCGUUAUAGGCUCGUUUAGCCCCGUCGUCGCUGACCCCUCUGCCACAGCCGUAGCGGGUGAUACUGCUGCUGCUACAGCCACGGCAAGCCUCGCCGCUCUCCCCAGCGACGCAGCCGGGGCCGGAGUCGGCGCUACAACCGACACCAACGUCAAGGGAACCCUGCAGCCGCUCCCCAACAACGCAACAAACGGAACAGGUGCCGCGGCUGUCCGAGGACCAGGCGGCAGCGGCGGUGGUGGUGCCGGAGACGAUUUCGGAACUCCAGGUAGCGGGGCCGGUUUUGGAAGUCCAGGCAGUGGCCCCGGAGCCGGAACCGGAGCUGGAACAGGAAUAGGCGAAGAAACAGGAGGAGGAGAAGAAGCCCUCAAACCCCUCCCCGGCCUGGGCAGCGUCGAACCCACGCCUGCUUCCCUCAUGCCCUUACCCAACGACGCCACGGCUACCGGUAUAGCCACGGACGAGGCCGGACCAGCGGCUACCGGGCCGGACGGGACCCCACCUGCCGCAAACACCGGGCUAUUGGGUCUGCCUGGGUCUGCGGCACUGGAGUUGACAACAAUGACGAUGGUUACUGACGGGGUGACGAGUACGGUUGUGACAGCUGUGGCCGCGCAGACGGGACCGGCUGUGCCGUCUGGUCGGGGGGCUGCUGGGAAUGCUGUGGAGGCUGGGGCUGGGAAGAUGAUGGUGGUUGGGGGGGUUAAGGGGAUGGGUGUGGUGGUUGCUUUGGUGGUUGGGGUUGUGGGGGUUGUGUGGCUGGUGUAG